UAAUGGUACACUCCACGGGCUCCCUGUUUCGUUCUCUUUUCUCAAACAGCAGCAGCAGCAGCCAUGAGCAUGCUCAGGCUCCAGAAACGCCUGGCGUCCAGCGUCUUGCGCUGCGGAAAGAAGAAGGUCUGGCUUGACCCCAACGAGACCAAUGAAAUCGCUAACGCCAACUCCCGCCAGCAGAUCCGAAAACUGGUGAAGGAUGGUCUGAUCAUCAGGAAACCGGUGACGGUGCACUCCCGCGCCCGCUGCCGCAAGAACACGCUGGCAAGACGCAAGGGCCGUCACAUGGGCAUCGGUAAGAGGAAGGGUACAGCCAAUGCUCGCAUGCCAGAGAAGGUGUCCUGGAUGCGGCGUAUGCGCAUCCUGCGUCGUCUGCUGCGCCGCUACAGGGAGUCCAAGAAGAUUGACAGGCAUAUGUACCACAGCCUCUACCUGAAAGUGAAGGGUAAUGUCUUCAAGAACAAGCGCAUUCUGAUGGAGCACAUCCACAAGCUAAAAGCAGACAAGGCCCGCAAGAAGCUCCUUGCUGACCAGGCUGAAGCACGCCGCUCCAAGACAAAGGAGGCUCGCAAGCGCCGAGAGGAGCGUCUCCAGGCCAAGAAGGAGGAGAUCAUUAAAACCCUUUCUAAAGAGGAUGAGACAAAGAAGUGAUCAUGCCUUAUAUAUGUUCUUUUCAGUGCUAAUAAAAUGUACAGAAAGACAG